UAUCCGUUUGAUAUAUAAACUAGCUACUUGCGCAGACAUGUACUCUGCGGCUGGACACUUUAGCACGAGGGGAACAAUCAACAACUGGCAUCAUGGUUAAAGUAGGAAUCAACGGGUUUGGUCGUAUUGGACGUCUGGUCACUCGUGCUGCCAUAAUCUCUGGCAAAGUUGAUGUCGUGGCAAUCAAUGAUCCUUUCAUAGAUCUGAGUUAUAUGGCUUACAUGUUCAAUUAUGACUCUACCCACGGCAAAUUCAAGGGAACAGUGAAGGCUGAAAAUGGCAAACUGAUUAUUAAUGAUAAGGCAAUUACAGUCUUCUCUGAACGGGACCCCAGCAACAUUAAAUGGGGAGAUGCUGGUGCAGAAUAUGUAGUAGAAUCUACAGGUGUCUUCACAACUAUUGACAAAGCUUCACUUCACUUGAAGGGAGGUGCUAAGCGUGUUAUAAUCUCCGCCCCCAGCGCAGACGCCCCCAUGUUUGUUGUUGGAGUCAAUCAUGAUGAAUACAAGAACUCCCUCAAAGUUGUUAGUAACGCCUCCUGUACCACAAACUGUCUGGCUCCUCUGGCAAAAGUUAUCAAUGACAACUUUGGUAUUGUGGAAGCGCUGAUGACCACUGUCCAUUCCUACACCGCAACCCAGAAGACCGUAGAUGGUCCAUCAGGCAAGCUCUGGCGAGAUGGCCGCGGUGCCGCACAAAACAUCAUUCCAGCAUCAACCGGGGCAGCAAAGGCUGUCGGCAAAGUCAUUCCACAACUAAAUGGGAAGCUGACCGGCAUGGCUUUCCGUGUUCCAACCGCAAACGUGUCUGUUGUGGAUCUCACUUGUCGCCUGGCUAAGCCUGCUAAAUAUGAUGAAAUAAAGGCUGUGAUUAAGGCUGCAGCUGACGGACCAAUGAAGGGCAUUCUGGGAUACACAGAGGACCAGGUCGUUUCAUCUGACUUCAACGGAGACACUCGCUCAUCCAUCUUCGAUGCAGACGCUGGAAUCGCUCUGAACGAUCAUUUUGUGAAGCUCAUAUCUUGGUACGACAACGAGUUCGGUUACAGCAGUCGUGUGGUGGAUCUCAUGGUCCAUAUGGAAUCCAAGGAAUAGUCUGUCUAGUAACUUCUUGUGCCUGCGGGUGCUCUUAGUCAUCUGCGUUAGUCUGUGUAACGGUUUCUGUGUCAUUAAAUAAACCAGUUGUUCCCCUCAA